AUGCCUUUACCAGAAAAAUAUUACGUUUCCUAUAAUUGCGUGCAUAAGCUCUGCAAGAAGUCGGCCGAGGAACUGUUGGAACGUAUUGGAAAGCCUGAUUUGAUCAUAGGAAUUGGAGGAGGUGGCUUCAUUCCAGCCAGGAUUCUUAGAACGUUUCUUAAACAUGAUGGAGAGAAGAAUAUUCCUAUUCAGGCCAUUGGAUUGUCUCUCUAUGAGGACAUGGGAAAUCAGGAUACCAUUGGAACUGAAAUCGUUAGGACACAGUGGCUAGACUUUGGAGCCUUGGAGAAGAAUUUCGACUCUCUGAUUGGCAAGAACAUCUUAAUUGUUGACGAGGUUGAUGAUACCAGAACGACUCUCCAUUAUGCUUUGUCAGAGUUAUACAAAGAUAUCAACGAAAAGGCCAAGAGCUUGGGAAGAGACAUCCAUGACACCAAAUUCUCUAUCUUUGUCGUGCACAAUAAGAUGAAGGCCAAAAGAGCCGACAUCGAUGAGAGUAUGAUGAAUGGAGGUGUGUAUUUGUCUGGUGAAGACGUUCCUGAUAAAUGGAUCGCAUAUCCAUGGGAAGCCAAUGAUAUUGAUGAUCAUACUAGGAGGGCUGUUGAACAAGGCCACGAUUAA